GAGGAGUUAAGCCCGCCCUGGCCUGGCCCCAGCUGGGGGGGGCGUCAGCCAGUCAGCUGGUUGGGAGGGGGCUGGACUUCCUGGUGUUGGGGCUUGUCAACAGCCAGCCGGAGGCAGGCGAGGGGAGAAGGAAGAACGGCGGAGCUGAGCUCGCCCGCCAGCCAGCCUCCCUCUCUCCCUGCGAUCUGAGCCAAGCCCCGGGCGCGCUGGUGCGACUUUGCCCGCAGGAGGGUCAACCGUUUGGGCCCUCAAGGGGCAUGCGGGCCAGUGGGCCGUUGCAUCUCUGGGGAAAGGAGAGCGGCGAGAACGGAACCGGUGCCUGGUUGCAGCCUCCAGAGACGUGGUGAUGCCCUUCAGCCUGGCCCCGACAUGCCCCGGAGUGGAGCGGAGACCUGCAGCCCCCUGAGCUGCUUUCCGGGACUGCGGGGACCCUGCUGGGGUCGAGGGGAGGCAAGGAAGGUGCAGACAGAUCCCUCAGCCCCUUCUCUUCGUCAAGAAGUUGCCUAUUCUGCGGAGGAGAAAGUUCCAGCUGCAAGUCAAACCAUGUGGGACGUUUGCCAGGCAAAUGCCCCUUAAGCUGGCUUUGGUCCUGGCCAGGGCGCACCAACCUCCAGCUCCCGUCAGCCGACCCAGCAGGGCUACGGAGUGCCAGUGCCUGGCUGGCCCAUCCACGCUUUCCAGGUGCCGAAUGACCUGGGCGUCUUUUGCUGGCCUGUCCUGUCCUCGGAGCAGCCCGGGGCACAGCCUCUGGGCCUGUAGUGCUUUGGCCUUGUGUCUGGUCCGGCAGUGAUGGCCUGGGGGCAGCCUAUGCAGCGGUCCCGCUAGCCCACCCCGCCCCUUUGCUGGGAAGCCCUGCUGAGCCCCCCAGCUUGGUCGGGAUCAUGAGUGUUGGGAAGAAGAAGAGUGGCUUCCAGAUCACCAGUGUCACCUCUGAUUAUGAGCAGAAGGAGGGUCCGCCCAGGGGGGACCCCAAGGGGCCCUCUGCAAGGCUGGCGGCAGCGGCGGCAGCUGAUGAGGCCAGCCCCACAGAAGAUGGCGGUCACCAGGCCAACAGUGGUAUGGGGCCCAAAAACGGGCCAUCGGCUCCCAGCUCCCCAGGAUUGGCCCCCCUGUUCCCAGGCUGCAUUGGCAGUGUAUCCAGCUCCCGGUUUCGUGUUGUGAAACUAGACCAGGGCUCCGGAGAACCAUACAAACGGGGCCGCUGGACUUGCCGGGACUUUUACGACCAGGAGAUUGACCACCACCUGGCAGGGAGGCUGGCAGAUUCUGCACGGCACCCACAGUCCCUGGAUUCCCGGCUGGAGGUGGCAGGCCUCCUGGCAAAGCCCUCCUCUCCCUUCAGCCCCCAGACGCCACGCCGAGGGCCUUGCCUGCAGUCCCUACUGGUACUCCCAGUCCCCGGGGCCUCGGCCCACCAGGCCCGCUCCCUGGGGGGUGGCCUGCCUGUCCUCCGCCCCAGCAGGACUCCCCCCAGCCCGACAUCUCUCCGUAGCCCCCGGGUUGCGGCUGAGACACGGCCCCCGGCUCCAGAGGAAGACACCCAGGAGCCCGGAGACUCUCUCCAUCCUGGCACCGUUCCCGUGGUGAGAGUGGAGCACUUGCUGCCCAAAAGCGUCACCCAGCUCAUCCCCAGGGAAAUGGAGGAGCAGCACAAGGUUUUGCCGAGAGAGUCCCGCUCACGCCCAUCCUCUCCAGCUCCUCUGCUCUUCCGAGAUGCAAGCCCCCACCGGAGAACUUCAGAUCCCUUUGGCACUGCCCGCUUUAGCCUGGCCCGGUCUGUGUUUGGCAUGGGGGCUGCCCAUGACAGCGAUGAUGACAGCGGAAUCAAUAGCAGCAUGAUCGCCAUCGACAACAAGAUUGAACAAGCCAUGGACCUGGUAAAGAGCCACUUGAUGUUUGCAGUGCGGGAAGAGGUGGAAGUUCUGAGGGAACAGAUCAGAGAACUGUCGGAGCGCAACGCCUUGUUGGAGCAGGAGAACAGCCUGCUGCGUUCCCUGGCCAAUGCGGAGCAGCUCAGCCAUUUCCAGGCUCAGCUCCACGAGGCCAAGCCGCCAUCCAGCGGCUCCGCAUGACCCUGGGUGGCCAGAAGGGCUGCUGGCACUAAAGAGCGCCUGAUGGGAGGGUGCUCCCCAAUGGAUUCCCGCAGAUGUGAACCUGCGUAGUUGAAGGGGUGUGCGUGCGCGUGUGCAUGUUCAUUUGUGAAACCAGCCUUUGGGGGGUGGGAGGGGGAACUGGGCUACUAACACAGCACGUGCCUUCUGGGGGUGGAAUUAAAUGCAGUUUUGCCCCCCAGCUCUGAAAGGAGCAGGAUACGUUUCGUAGCCAGGGAGCUGAGGUUCAGGGGUGGUGGCUUGGUGAGAGAAACCGCUCUUGGACCAGGGGAUCCCUCCCCGGCUGGACCUCCCCUCCCCCAAUCUCGGGUGGGGGGAGAAUGCUGCACUUGCCCCCACUGAAGUGGGGGCUUUUUUAAGGUACCAUGGACAGGGUUAGACAUUGGGAUGGAGAACAGAGGGUGGGGUGUAUGGACCUGGCAAUAAUUUUAUAUCAAGGGCACUUUUGCAGUAUUUCAGGUUAUUAAACUACCUAGCUGUUUAA